AGGUGCAGGUUCUAUCUCACAGCUUCGGGAAGAUCUGAAGAGGUUCUUGCUUCAACAGUGAUUGAACGGAACUUCGAUCUCGCUGGAAUUUCCCUUCGAAAACAUCUUACUUCAUAUUUAUUAUUUUUUACCAACAUUUUGAUAAUAAAACGACAAAAAAUCCGCCGAAAUGGAGACUUCUCAGAUUCGCCAGAACUACGACCGCGACUGCGAGGCUUUGAUCAACAAGAUGAUCAACUUGGAGCUUUACGCUGGAUACACCUACACCUCCAUGGCUCACUACUUCAAACGGGAUGAUGUCGCUCUUGCUGGUUUUGCCAAGUUCUUCAAGAAGAACAGCGAGGAGGAGCGCGAGCAUGCUGAGAAGUUCAUGGAGUUCCAGAACAAGAGGGGGGGACGCAUUGUGCUUCAGGACAUCAAGAAACCUGAGCGCGAUGAGUGGGACAAUGGACUGAUUGCUAUGCAGUGCGCUCUUCAGCUGGAGAAGAACGUCAACCAGGCUCUGCUGGAUCUGCAUAAGGUCGCCUCUGAGAAUGGAGACCCUCAUCUGUGUGACUUCCUGGAGACUCACUACCUGAAUGAGCAGGUUGAGGCCAUCAAGAAGCUUGGUGACCACAUCACCAACCUUUCCAAGAUGGAUGCUGGCAACAACAGGAUGGCGGAGUACCUGUUUGACAAGCACACCCUGGAUGGAGACAGCAGCUAAAUGCAGCCCUCAGAUCAUAUGCAUGUUGCAAAGCCUCCAGCUAUACUGUAUGCAUAAAUAAUCAAGCAAUGUUGUCACGCAGCUCUAAUGCAAGUUUUUAGACUUUGAGAGGCUGAAAGGUUAACAAUUAGAGGCAACAUCAAGAUACUGGCUCUUUUGAUUGGUCAUCUUGUGAUUUUUAGUCAUCAAGCUGAUGCUUUUGUGUUUAAUGUACACUAAUUGGUUUUAACCAAGUGAAUUAGAUGAAUAAACAUUUUUGGCUG